CGCGUCCCUGCCAAGACAUGUCUCGUACAGCGCUCCUAUUGGCUAGUCCUGCACCGCUCUUUAACAAUUCAAUGUUCAAGUUGCUCCUGCAGCGCGAGCGACCUCUACAAGACGUUCUCUAUAUGUUCAGACGGGGGAUCCUACGAGCUGUGCGUCCGGUCGAUCCUCACAGUUCUUUGGCGUCAAAAUAUCCACGAGAAUACCGGAAAUUCGCACGGGGCUUUACCAUGGCGCCAACACCAAUUCCUGCCGACGCGCCUCGACCGAUUGUCCUCUCUGGCCCAUCUGGGACUGGCAAGUCCACGUUGAUCAAAAGACUUUUCGCAAAGCAUCCCGACCUCUUCGGCUUCAGUGUCUCGCACACGACGCGAAACCCUCGUCCGGGUGAGCAAGAUGGCGUGCACUACCACUUUACAACUACCGAAAACUUUGAAAAGAUGAUCGCAGAGAAUGCGUUUGUGGAACACGCAAAAUUCGGUGGAAACUAUUAUGGCUCUUCGAAGAUGGCAGUCCAAGAUGUCGCAGAGGGGAGAGGCAAGACUAUCGAGGGGACACCUGCCGAAGGAAAGAGGAUAUGCAUUUUCGACAUUGAGAUGGAAGGAGUCAAGCAAUUGAGGAGGAGCCCCUUGAAUCCCAGAAUAUGCUUCAUUCAGCCGCCUAGUCUCGAGGUCCUGGAACAGAGGUUGCGUGGCCGAGGUGAUACAAGUGAGGAUGCCAUCCAGAAGCGACUGGCUCAAGCCAAAAAAGAAAUGGAAUACUGCCAAACUGAGGGCAAAGGCGAGAAAGUCAUUAUCAAUGAUGACCUCGACACUGCUUUCAAGGAGUUGGACGAAUGGGUGAUGCAAGGGAUAUAGCGCAGGACUGGACUGAACACUGUUACUUGGAUGACACACUUGUGGGACGGCGUUCGGCAUGAGGAGAAAAGCAACGAUAGAAGGCGGACACAGAGUGGAUGAAGUGCUUUCAGGAUUAUUGUAUCCGACCGAAGAAAAAAGAGACGCUCUCAAUAGACGCUAACAAGAAAAGUGAACCUGACAAGAAGGAUAUGGCAGUCACUCAAGGUCAACCUUCGCCCCUCGAAAUCGGACCCUUCCAAACCUAGUAUGUGCCACUUUUUUAAUAUCCAUUCAUGGUCAUGCGUUGCGAACCUCUGCUCAGCUCGCGGUCUGCAGCCGGGCUGAUGGGUCGACUGCCGCCCAUGCCACUUGCAGCACUGCUCUCCUUCAAGGCCAGCAACUGCUUGGCUCUGAAUGUCUCGUAGUGAAUCUGGCUGGUGGUUUCGAUAAGGUCCUGGAGGUGGGUUCUCGUAAGGAAGUUACGGAGGUAGACGAACUCGCAAUGGUUCUCGUCCUCGACGUUGAUAACCCCCCACUUGGUUUGCCG